UGUAAAUCUGGUAAUGUAUUCAUAACGCUUUAUGCUGUCCUUAUUAAGAACUUCAAUCAAGUUAAGCGAGCGACUUGCAUGCGUCGGACAUGCCCUAUCACUGUGCGUAGGGUGCACCCUCUAUACUCGACACAAGGACUCACUGCAAUAACUUGUUAGUGGCAACGAUGCCAAGUUAUGUAGUGGGUCGAGACUGGCCCGACCAUUUCUAUGCAACUAACGCGAGGUGGCCCGAGCCCGCGCAAUGGACCUAUCGGCAUGCCAGCCGUACAAGCGCCUUUCGGGUUUCCGUUGAAGAAGCAAAGCGGGCGCAAGAGCUUGAGGAGCAAGCUUUGGCUCGCCAUGAGGCGCGGAAACUGAAAAAACAGUUGUUCGCUGCUAUCAUCCAGCGCGAUCUCGCAACCGUACGACAGCUGGUACGGCGCACCCCGCUGCUUCUGGAGCGGCACACGCCAGCUGGAGCCACUCCCCUAGGGCUGGCCGCGGCGGUUGGAGACUCCCCCAUCGUGGAUUUCCUGCUGGCGGAGGGCGGCGACGUGUGCGAGGGGGACCGAGUGGGCGCCACCCCCCUCAUCGCGGCGGCCGCGCGGGGGCACACGCAGGUGUGUCUGCAGCUGCUGCGCUCCAAGCAGGGAGCCAACGCGGGCCGACUGCACCUGCUGCGGCAGGCCACCCGGCGGGCGGGGGAGGCGGCGGUGCAUGCGGCGGCGAGGGGAGGCCAUCUAGACACCCUCAGAGCGCUGCUGGAGGCAGCGGCGGCGGCGGUAGCGGAUAAGGGCCAGGAGGAGGGAAAGGAGGAGGAGCAGGAGGAGGCCGCGGGGAUGGUGGGGCUGGUGGAUGCGGAGGGGCGCGACUGCCUCAUGAUGGCGGCAGCCAAUGACCACACCCAAGUCAUGAACUACCUCAUUCGGGAGCACCGCCUCUCGCCCACACGCGCAGACAAGCUAGGUCGUACGGCACUCAUGUACGCCGCGGCGGGAGGUGCCGUACAGGCCGUACAGCUGCUGCUAUCGCUGCUGGCGUCAGCGGACAUGAGAGGGAGUGCUGCUGCUGCUGCUGCGGGUCGUGGUGCCGGUGGUACGUCGCCGCAUGGGGUCCCAACAACACCAGCUACCGCUACAGCUACAGCAGCACGUGCAGUAGCGGCGGCGGCGAAUCCUCCGCCCGGGUCGACAGGUAUCCCAUCAACUCCCUCUUCGUCAUCGCCCGCACAGCCGCCUUCUGCCGCCCUACCGCCGUCCUCCACACAGCCCCACUCGCAGCCUGCCUCGGUCGAGCCCCCACCAGACACACGUACCGAUGGUGCUCCUGGAGCUGGCGGUGCUGGCGGUGGCGGUGCUGCUGCUCCUCCUCCUGCGCAGCAGCAGCAGCAGCAGGAACAGCAGCAGCAGCGGGUGCCGGGGGAUCCGCUGCAUGCGCGGGACGGCCGCGGCUACACCGCGUUGCAUCAUGCGUGUCUGGGGGGCUCCGUGGAGGUGAUUGAGCUGCUAACCCAGGCGGGUCUGUCGCUGUCCCCGGCGGAGCAGCCGCUCUCCCUGGAGCUGCUGCGGCUGGCCUGCCGGGCGGGGCAUGCGGGGGUGGUGGGCUGGCUCAUGAAGCAGGGAGUGGGUAUCCCCGAGGCGGCUUCCGAGGGGCCGCUCAACCCCAUGUUUGCCGCGGUGGCGGGCGGCAGUGCGGCGGUGGUGGAUGUGAUACUGGCGCAGGGCGGCCGGAUCGACCCACGGGACAGCAGGGGUCGCACGCCGCUGGCAGUGGCCGCUGCAUGCGGCUCCACCCGCCUGUGCGCCCAUCUGGUGUCCGCGGGCGCGGACCUGACAGCUGCGGACCUGCACGGACGAGUGCCGCGGUGUGCGGCCUACCGAGCCAACCACCGGGAGACAGCGGAGGUUCUUGCCCACCUGGCGCGUGUGCGGCUGGUGCGAGGGGACGACGAGAUGAGCCGGGAAGAGGAGGAGUAAGGGGUGCGAGCAGCAGGG